CCGGUCCCCAACCCAUUGACGAUGCUCUUUCACCCUAGCUAGCUACCCUCCUCAUCGCGCUCUUUCACCCUGGCUACCCCUGGAAGAGCUCUUCCCAUUCCCUUCGCCUUCGAAACCACUUCCAUACCCUAAUCGUGUCACAAUCUUCUUCAUCUUCUUAAUCUUCACUUCAUACUCUUCUUCUCUUUCUCGUUCUUCUUCCGUUCUUUCUUCUGGAUCUCUUUGUGCAUACGUUCGAAGUCCACAAAUUAAAUUUCAAGCUACACCAAACAUGGGCGACGGCAAGGUGAAUCUCCCCGACGAUCUCUUCUCCUCCAAGUCCUCCGAUUCCAAAGCAUCCACCCUGUUUUACUGCUGCUGUUUAGAAUGAAUUUGUCUUUCCUCUGAAUGUUGCUGCUAGUAUGCAAGGAGCUAGUAAGGCAAUGGCAGCCAUGAAUAAGAAGUCUAUGUAGUUCUUCAAGAGUGUCUUGAAAUGAGAAAAAGAUAUGUUUUUAAAGAAGCGGUUGCUCCAUGGGACAAAGAAGUUAUAUCUGACCCCAGUACUCCAAAGCCUAACCCACAACCAUUCUUUUAUGCACCUGAAGGAAAGUCUGAUCACUACUUUGAAAUACAAGAUGGGGUUAUUCACGUAUAUCCAAAUAAAGACUAGGAUCUCAGCUGACUCCUGUUUACAUCUUGGAGCUGGAGCACGUGCUGGAAUAAUUGCCAUGUCCGCAACUUAUCCAAUGGAUAUGGUUCGAGGCAGGAUAACUGUACAGACAGAGAAGUUUCCUUACCAGUACAGAGGGAUGUUCCAUGCUUUGACAACUGUGCUUAGAGAAGAAGGCCCACGUGCUUUAUAUAAGGGUUCCAUUGUAGAUCUAAACUUUGCUGUUUAUGAGUCUUUGAAAGAUUGGUUAGUUAAAUCCAAUCCAUUUGGUCUAGUGCAAGAUUCUGAGUUGAGUGUGACAACUCGCCUGGCAUGUGGUGUUGCACCUGGAACUAUUGGGGAAACUGUUGCUUAUUCCCUUUGAAGCACCUUUAGAUUGAAGGUGUGGCUAGCUUUCCAUUUGAUGAUCAUAAUUGCCCACCACUUCAACUAGUUAUCUCUUUCUGUCAUAGUGCAUACUCGUGGUUGAAGUUAGAUAUUGAGAAUGUUGUGGUUGUCCACUGUAAGGCUGGAAUGAACAAGGUUGAUGAUUUCUAGUCUUCUAUUAUUCUUGAAGUUCUUUCCAAUUGCUGAGGAGUCAAUGGAUUACUAUAAUCAGAAAUGAUGUGUUGAUGGAAAAGGACUUGUUCUGCUCAGUCAGAUUGGAAGCUGUGAAACAUUUUGGUCCUGGUCCUGGUGUUCCUCAUAGCCAUACCAAGCCUUAUGUACGAUCUAAGGGAAGGAAGUUUGAGAGGGCUAGAGGAAGAAAGAACAACAAAGGACUUAGUGUUUAAGUUGUAUUGUUUCUGUAUUUUUCUACCAUUUUUAGUUUUGGAAUUUAAACUCGAGAUUUAUUUUGUAUUUGAAUAUUAGUUUAUUAAUGUAUAAAAUAAUUAUAGCAAAAUUAUGUCACUAAUUACUGUUUGAUUUGUCUUGCAAUAAAAAUUGCAUACUAU